AUGACUUCGGAUGCCAUCUCCCUGCUCGACCUCGCUGCGCAUUAUGGCAUCAAAGUCUCGGACAUUGUGCACUUCCGAUCUGAAGACCCGGGAUCCCUGACAUCAAAUUAUCCAUGCGAAGAGGUCACCACCGGCCCGGGCAUGCUUCUCGUCUGCAAGAUCAUCGACGCACUACGGCGCUGGGACACGCAUAGCAUCUACUCCGACGAGGAUGUCGCGAAAGUCGGCGCGCUUGUGACAAGCAAUGUCAAGACCGUUCAUUCUGCGCAGGUGCGCGAUGAGAUCGAGCACGUCACUGGCGCAGCUUCUAAUGGCCCAACGAAGCCGUGGGAUGUCCCUCGCUUGACGGUGGAAACUCUGCUUAAGGGAUUACUCGACAGAGACGUCACUCGAGAUAGCGCCGUGCACGUCAAUUCCAAUGAGCCGGUGGUGCUGGUGAAUCUGGAUGGAGACAAUGCUGGGCGUGAGGACGCGGAAAAGCGAGACACGCUGAAUUAUGUCGUGGAUAUUGCGACGACAGAAUUGCGCGACGUGUGGAAUAUUUGGCCAGUGAGGGUUUAUGGGGCGUAUGGUCUUCCGAUGGCGAAGCCAGGAUAUGGUCAAGGGGAUGUCGAAGAGGGUUCUGUCCCGGGAUUUUCCAUCACAUUGCUGAACGUGGUGAAUACCGAUAUUGGAGGACCGAGCAUGCCGCAGUUGUUGGAUGCGUCGUGUGACGCGACCGAAUGGGGUUGGGUCGUCAGGAAGGAACUCUGGCGGGACCGCGACUUGGUAAGCCGAGAAGACCAUGAGUUUGUUUCCGACCAGCAAGCUGGCGUUACUGCAGAUGCGGACAAUGCAUCUGAACACUCAUUGGGAAGUGCAGAUGAUGAGGACGAUGGGUCUGUCGGCUCGGAUGCUCCGAGCCUGGCGAUCUUGAACAGUCCCGGGCAGCCACAUGCUGGUUCGCCAGAUCAGGAGCCUGAAUUGACCGAGUUGGUCGGAAGUGGAGAGGAAGAUCACCACACUGGACGGACGAUGGAAGACUUCCAGAGCCGCGAGAAUCAACCUUCAGCACACCAUGAUAACACAGCCGCGGGCGACAGCGAUGACAAGGAUACCAACAAGCAAGAUCUUGCAGAAAUAGCAACUCGGGAACAAGCCACUCCGCAGGACAUGCCACUGCCAGAACCUCUCCGCAUCGAGCAUCCAACGUGGGAUCGGCACGACGACAGCAUGUCGUUGCUUGACUUGAUCAAGGCUCAGGCGUCGAUGAUCGCGCCGUUUGGGGAAGGGACUGCAGGCCACGGCGUCGCUGAUGUGGAAGGCAAUGUAGCCGAGUCGAAAACCACAGGCGAUGCGGCCGAGGUGCAAUCUGCGAGUCCGGAGUCUGGCAGCAACCCUGAUGUUGUCGAGUCUGCAGCAGCCGGAGCACGUCAGACAGAGGAGCCAUCUCCCCUCGACGAGGAGUAUGUGGUGAUUUGA